GCACGAGGGCUGCGGCUGGCCCUUUAAGGCGUCCGAGCGGUGGGCGGCGCCCAGGUAGAGGAGGCGGUGCCGGCCGGCCUCCGCUCUUCCUCGACUGUCCGGGAGGAUUAGUCGGGCCGCCGCCCAGCGCCCGCCAGCUCCCCCGCCAGCCUGCCCGGGGAUCAGGCUCGGGGGCGGAUUUAGACGCCGCUGCUCGGGCUGGGGCAGGACCAGUGGGGAGCCGGGCGUCCGUCCCCGAUGGGACUUCGACGCUCCUCCUAGCGCGCGGCCAUCACCCUCCUCCUCUUCCUUCACCUGCGGCCAACUUCGGGCAGCCACUUCCUGCCGCUCACCUGGGCUGUGCUCCCCGGGCUGAGCUCACCUGGGCGGUGCUCACCUGGGCCGCGCUCUAGUGUCCGCCGGCGCCGGGGAGGGCAGCUCCCCUGGCCAAGAUGAAGGACCGGCUAGAGCAGCUGAAGGCUAAGCAGCUGACGGAGGAUGACGCCGACGAUGAGGUGGAGAUCGCCAUUGACAACACGGCCUUCAUGGAUGAAUUCUUUUCAGAGAUUGAGGAAACCCGGCUCAACAUCGACAAGAUCGCAGAGAACGUGGAAGGAGCUAAGAAACUUUACAGCAUCAUCCUCUCAGCACCAAUCCCAGAACCAAAAACAAAGGAUGACCUGGAACAGCUAACGGCGGAUAUUAAGAAAAUGGCCAACAGUGUCCGGAACAAGCUAAAGAACAUGGAGAGGCACAUCGAACAAGAUGAGGUGCGGUCAUCGGCAGAUCUGCGGAUACGGAAGUCCCAGCACUCGGUCCUCUCCAGGAAGUUUGUGGAGGUGAUGACCAAGUACAAUGAAGCCCAGGUGGACUUCCGAGAACGCAGUAAAGGGCGCAUCCAGAGACAACUGGAAAUUACUGGCAAGAAAACCACAGACGAGGAACUGGAGGAGAUGCUGGAGAGCGGGAACCCAGCCAUUUUUACUUCUGGGAUCAUUGACUCCCAGAUCUCUAAGCAAGCUCUCAGUGAGAUUGAAGGACGGCACAAGGACAUUGUCCGGCUGGAGAGCAGCAUCAAGGAGCUGCACGACAUGUUUGUGGAUAUCGCCAUGCUGGUGGAAAACCAGGGGGAGAUGAUAGAUAACAUAGAACUGAAUGUGAUGCAUACAGUAGACCACGUGGAGAAGGCUCGCGAUGAGACCAAGAAGGCGGUGAAAUAUCGUAGUCAGGCCCGGAAGAAAAUGGUAAUUAUCAUUAUCAUAGUUGUGGUGGCACUGGGCAUUUUAGCUCUGAUCAUCGGGCUUUCCGUCGGGCUGAAAUAACAGCAGCUCCCAUUGAGUGCUGGCACUGAACUCUCCUCCUUGCCCCUCACCUCCCUGGCCUGCUGCCGAGUCCUGUCGAUCCUCACCGGCCAUCUGUGCACUGAUCAGCGCCUCCUCCCCUGCUUCUCCCAGAACCUGAUCCUAUCCCAGCCGGAUCCCUGCACCUCUUCCUUUGGACUGGAUGGGAGUUGCCUCUCAAAGAUCUCUGCAGAGUGAGCAGGACACGUGCCUUUGUUCCCUAGUUAACCCCAAGUUGGGACUGGGUCACCAUUUCCCGAGCCCAGGAGGAAUCCAGCCGGUCCUGAUCCAAGCCCAGAUCUCCCUUUUGGAGUGUCCUGCUAACCCUUCUCCACCUAUGCAAUGCUUCCUUCCCAGGCCUCCUUUUCUGGAAUUGCACCUUGGGAGCUCCCUUCACACAGCUUCCAGGAUGCUGCUUUCUACCUCAUGGAAUAGUCUUUUCUCAGGAACUGCAAUAAUUUUUUCUUUAUUGUCUAUUUCUUGAACAAAUAGUUAAGAACACACAAAGUGGAAAUCAGGCUGCCUCUGCCACUCUGGGUGAGGAGAGGGCUUAAGCCUGGGUCUCCCCCGGUGGUGGGGCGCUACCAAUGAUCUUUGUGAUGCUCCCUAAGGACCGGGUUUAGACAGGGAACCGAGGUGAAGAGCGAUGCUAAGAACUGGGGCCUGUAAGAAGGAGUCAGAUUCUGACUCCUUACCCUCUCGGGAAGCCAGCGGCCCAGUGUGGACUUUUGAUUCCUUGGUGGAUACGUAUGCAUUCUUAUGUGUGGCUGUUUACCAAAGGAGGGACUGGGGUGACGUCGUCUCUGAGGUUGUUUGCCAAGGCUGAGCCCAUCCUUGGCCGUGUUUGGGAGCAGGUGUCUUGGAAACCAGUUGGUGUCUAAUGGAGAAGGUCAAAUGGCUCUCUACCUAGGGGGCAGCCAGAGCUCCAAUGUGUGAAAACUGGUUUAUGGAGGAACUGUGGGAGAGACCUAAUCUUUGAUGAUAUCCCAAGGUGAGGUGGGAUUUAGGGCUUCUUGUCACUUGUUUCCCCUCUGACAUUCUAGGUGCUAAGGGGUAGUUUCAUUGAUUCUUUGGAUUACUGUUCCAGAAGGAACUGGAGGGGAGGUGGGGGUGAGGGUGGUAAGAGUUGGGGUCUUUUGGAAGCUGUUCUUCUUUAAGACUCCUCAGCGACAGACUCCUAACCCUCUGGGGGUUGGCAGGAAUGGCCAAUGUUGUCUUUUAGUUCCUUAAAUAUAAGAGAGAGAGAGUGUGAGUGAGAGAGAAAGAGAGAGAGAAAAGAGUGAGAGAGUAUGUGAGUGUGAGAGAAAAAGAGAAAAAAAAGUGAGUGCGUGUGUGUGUGUAUAUAUAUAUGUGUGUGCGUGUGUGUGUGUGAGAGAGUGAGAGCGGAGAGAGAAGAGAGAAGAAGAGUGUGUGUAUGUGUGCGUAUAUAUAUGUAUGUGUGAGAAUGAGAGGGAGGGAGGGAGGUUCUGGGUAUAACCUCUAGAAUCAGUUUGAGUGACGUCUUGGGGGUAGAUGAGGGAACAACCAGUUCUUUGUGAAGCUUUGGGAGAAACCCUGAUCAAAACAUACUUUUCCUGAGGGCCCUUGAAUGGAAGAAGAGUUGAGGGCAAAUCCCUACUUUGGGAUAGCGUCAUCUCGAGAUCAUCCCUAUUCCAUUGGCUCACAGUUGGGUCUGGUUUGUGCCAAGGCUCACUAGAGAUUAAGGGCACUGAGGAGAGCUUUGUUGAGUUAUCACUCUGUUAGGAGUAGGCUUUGACCAAAUGGCUUUUGCUAUUAACGCACCUCCCUUUUAGCAAAGAGGGUCUGGUCUCUCCCUCAUCCCGGGGGAGCCAAUGGUGUUGAAACUCUUUGUUAGACCAUUCUGGCUUGGCUUUAGUGGGGAAGUUCUCAUGGAGCUGAUCCUGGAUUUAUACUAACAUUAGCUGGUUGAUUUCUCACCUGGUACAUGAGGUUUAUUCUCAAACUUCACCCUUCAUUGACUUAACCCUCAACCUUAAUGACUCCAAGGACGAGCAGGAUCUCCAAUCCAAGCCACUGUCCAAAAGUGCCUUUUCCAGAGUCCACUCUAAACGCCCUUCAAUGUUAGACAGAGCCCAGGGGUUAUAGCACUGUUCUUGCCCAGGCUGUGAUGUUUGACAUUGAAGAGGAGACUGGCUCUGGCCCCAAAAGGGAGCAAACCCAAAUGCACGGCUUUGAUCUCAUGUGAGGCUGGGAAUUGUAUUAUGUGUCUGGAAGUGAAGGUUUUUGAUUUUUUUAAAUGGAAAUUUGAUUAUUUUAUUAUUAAUUUAAAUAAAUGAAUUUAUAUUGAUUGUGAGAA